AUGCCGAGUGUUGAUGAGAAAGAAGAUGUUUUCUUUGAUACCGCAAUUUACUUGUCAUCCGAAGAGUCUGUUGUAGAGGAAAAAAAUCUGGCGUUUUAUGAUUUAGGGGACAAUCUUUGGUUGAGUGAGCCACAGAGUGUCAAGGAAAGAAGGGAAAAUUUCUUGCAAAGAAUGGGUUUCGCUGAUUGGAAAUCCCUUGGUGAACUAGAGGCAAUGCGGUUGGAAAGGGUUAUGGAAUCUAGUGGAGCUGUUUCCAGUUCGUGCGGUUUGCCUACUUGUAGUACAGGUGACAAUUUGGAGUGUGACAGACCGGAAUUGAAUGGUGAAGCAAAUUGUUCACUUGAUGAUCCUGACCAGGAUUGGUUGGAUGAUAUGGCCAUUGAUGUAGAUAGGGACAUCAAUGAGGAUUCUGUGGAACAAUGUGAUAAUGGAGAAAUGCAGCCUUGUCUAGAAGAUUGCAAGUACGUGGAUAAGAAAAAGAGGAAAAUGAUGUGCUGGUGGAAAAGCUUCUCACAGACAAUGAGGAAAAAUCGAGGUAAAGCAGGAAAUGCUGCUUGGGUGAAGAUGGAACAAAAUAAGAAAAGGUUUAUGGAAUGCUCUGCUGUCUAUAUUGGACAAGAAAUUAGAGCACACGAUGGCCUAGUCUGGACAAUGAAGUUUAGUCCUGAUGGCCAAUAUCUGGCUAGUGGAGGUGAAGAUGGGGUUGUUUGCAUAUGGCAUGUUAGUUCGAUAGAUGCCGCUACCAAUACUAAGGAAUGCAAGUUUGGUAGCCAGGACAUGAAAGGUCCAUCCAGUUCUCGGAGGAAAAAGUCAAGUCACCCUUCUGUCAUCAUUCCUGAAAGGAUUUUCCACAUCGAAGAGGAGCCAUUGCACAAGUUUCAUGGUCAUGGCAGUGAUGUUUUAGACCUUGCAUGGUCCACAACUAAUCAUCUUCUUUCAUCAUCAAUGGACAAAACUGUUCGUUUAUGGCAAGUAGGUUCUGAUGAAUGUCUUGGCAUUUUCCAUCACAGUAAUUAUGUAACGUGUGUUCAAUUCAAUCCUGCGGACGAGAACUACUUUCUCAGUGGCUCCAUAGAUGGUAAAGUUCGAAUAUUUGGAGUUACCAAGAGGAGAGUUGUUCAUUGGGCUAAUAUGCAAGAUCUAGUAACAGCAAUUUGUUACCAGCCAAAUGGAAAAGGUUUCGUUGUUGGUUCUCUUUCUGGUACCUGCCAUUUCUACGAAACAUCAGCUGACGAAAUUGAGCUAAAAGCAGAAAUAAACAUUCAGGGUAGAAAGAAAUCUUCCAGCAACAGAAUCACUGGCAUUCAGUUUCUGAAAAAUGACUCUCAGAGAGUGAUGAUAACAUCAGAGGACUCCAAAAUUCGGAUACUUGAUGGGCUUGAGGUUGUCCGUAAAUACCGAGGUCUAGCAAAGUCAGGAAGUCAGAUGUCAGCUUCUUUUACUUCUAGUGGGAGACACAUAAUAUCAGUUGGGGAGGACUCACGUAUUUAUGUGUGGAAUUAUGAUGAUUUGUGCGUCCAGACACCCAAACAAGCCAAAUCCUCCCAAUCCUGCGAGCAUCUCUUCUUUGAGGGUGUUUCUGUUGCACUACCUUGGUCAGGUUUGGCGAUAGAACAAAAUAGUUUUGCUUGUGGCAGUUCCAAGUCUGAUGUACAAACACUUGAUCACCAAGAAGCAUCCUCUAGGUUUCAGGAUUCAGAACGUUUCUCCCUUGCAAAUUGGUUCUCCACAGAUUUCUCAUCCCGAGCCGCCACAACAUGGCCGGAGGAAAUACUUCCUUCAUGGGAGUUACAAUCUGUUGAACAUGAUUGUCUGCCAUGUAGUAAUUAUGGCGAUCAUCUUCAUCAGCAGCUGCAGCACAAGAAUAACAGCCAUGGAUCCAAAAAUCUAUCUGCAACAUGGGGUCUUGUGAUUGUGACAGCUGGUUCGGAUGGAAUGAUCAGGACAUUCAACAAUUAUGGAUUGGCAGUCAGGAUUUAG